AUAUAAGCAGCAGCUGUCAAGCAGUGUGAAUUCCACUGCCUACAACAGAGAAAAGAGGAUCUCUUCGUAGAAAACAGGAAAACUACACAACCUCGACAGCUUUCCAAAGACGAUCAGAAAAUGGAAGCAGAUAAGCAGAAUGUUCAGACUGAAAAUGUUCAAGUCACAGACCGUGAUCUGUCUGAGCAGAUAAAAUCUGUGACUAAAGAAAGCCACGUGCGAGCUGAGAACACCGAACUGAUGCUGGCCUUCCAGAAAGCGAACAUCAGCCUGGACCAGUAUAAGCUGCUGUUGUGCUCCUUGUAUAAGAUCUACGAAGCUCUGGAGGAGGAACUGGACAAAAACGCUUCUCACGACAGCGUCGCACCUAUUUACUUUCCUCAGGAACUGGCCAGGUUGCCGGCAAUCAAGAAGGAUCUGGAGCACUUUUAUGGUCCGGAGUGGAGAGAGAAGGUGACCGUACCGGCUGCUACACUGAGAUACGCUCAGAGACUGAAAGAGGUUGGCAGCGAGCAUCCUGAAUACCUUGUGGCUCACGCUUACACUCGCUACCUGGGUGACCUGUCAGGUGGCCAGGUGUUGGGUCGUAUUGCCCAGAAAUCUUUAGGACUGAAGACCGGAGAUGGUUUGACGUUCUUCACUUUUCCGUCCGUCAGCAGCCCGAAUCUGUUCAAGCAGCUGUACAGAAGCAGGAUGAACAGCAUCGAGCUGACGGAGACACAGAGACAGGGCGUGCUGGAGGAAGCUGUCAGAGCAUUCGAGUUCAACAUCCAGGUGUUUGAUGAAAUCCAGAACUUGUUGAGUGUCUCAGAGAAGAAUGAGUUGAGGCAGAGAAACAAAACACCCAACCCAAAGACUCCAGAUGUCGGAGUGUGCCAGCGCUCAGCGCCAUCAUCGUCUUCCUUACUGACGUCUCCCUCUCAGCUGCUCAGGAUGCUGCUUGGACUCUGUUUAGCUCUUGCAGUGGGAAUGGGAAUGUACGCAUUUUAAGUAUUACGAAUAUGUAACAUGUAAAUACUGUAUAAUAUCAAAAUGUAGAUAAAUGGACGAUUCAAGGUGAAAGUAUGAAAUCAGGAAAAAUGUCCAGCUUGCACUUUUAUUUCACACAUUUCAGAUUUCGUUUUGUCAUUUCCAUGUUUUAUGUAGCAACCGCAUUUUUACAUGAAGAACAGUAAGUACACUGUUUAGGUAUGUAGAUGAAGUGACAAGUUUAGAUGAAGCUGCUUGAUCAUUUUUGUAAAUUUUCAGCAUGCACUUUUCUGGAAUAAUUUUUAUGAUUUUUCUCACGAUUUAGUAAAGAGAGAAUCGAUAAGGUUAUUGUUCACAUAUACUGUACUAGUCUUUAAUAGAUUCUACAAUCUGUGAGUAAAUUUAAGCAAAUUGUUUAAUACAUGUAAAUAUUGCAUACUAUUAAAUUAUACAUGUUUUGCUUUUUUUAUAUUAAAUAAAAUAACAACAAUAAUAUG